UAAAACUGAAGCGUCACGACAGGGUUCUUACUUCAAUCGCCGAGCAUAUAGACCAAGCACGAAAAGCGCAGAAGACGACCAACAAGGCCUCUCAUUCAUUUCCUUUGUCAGAGCCGUAUAAGAAGGGGCAAAGGCCAAACGCGCAUGUGGAAUUCUUGGAACGGCAUCAGAUUGGAGAAUGGAAGCAGACUUGAAGAAACAGCUUAAGUUUUCACAGGAGAUCACCGUGACAAACCAGAGACCCAACAUAGUACUGUCGUCGGCUGCAUAAAAACAGGUCAUGAUGGUGAAGCUCACAGUACCAUGGGAGGGGCGGAUCGAGGAAAGCUUCGAACGGAAGCGCGAAAAGUACCAGGCUCUCACAGAUACCUGCACAGAGAAAGGCUGGACGGCAUGGUGUUUACCGGUGGAGGAGGGCUGCAGAGGAUUCCCAGCGCAAUCACUGUGGCGCUUUUUCAGCAGACUAGGGAGUUACAGGACAGGUCCGGAAACGGGCCAUAUCGGUUGUUGCACAUGAAACGGAGUCUGCUUCCUUGUGGCUAUGGCGGAAGAGAGAGGAGAAGUGGAUAGGGGGACACAGGGCAGUUGACUAGCGACUGGCCACCGAGACCUGGCAGAUGAGGAAAUGAAGCGGAGGCUUAUUAUCUCCUGGCCGGAAAUUGAUCACUUCCGGUCGGCACACCAUAGGAGGACGUUAUGGGACAAUGCCGAAACGUCCGAUGAAUAUGGCCCCACCUGAUGAAGGAGAUGGUAGCAGCCUUACGGCUGUAUCUGUCAACUAACAGGAAGUUCUUAUAUAAGUCGAUGAUAGGAGUAAUUCCGGAUUCGUACUAUGACAUUCCGAACCACUCACAUUCGACGUAUCAAACUUCGUACUCGACACCAUCAUGGGCACCAAGAGACGAACCGUCACGUCCAUUUCAUAACCAUGGUGCGGAGUUUGAUGCCCAGCCUCGUUGCCUAGGUAACAUAGAGGCGAGAGAAUGCGCCGUGGGUCACAUGGAGGUAGUUGAGACCGACCAGGAUGACGUAAUCGCUGACGUUACAGAAAACGAUUGGACGGACAAAGACGAUGAUGUCACUUGCGAUGAAAGUGGCCACGAAAGAGGUCAGCCACGACAGUCCCAGGUCGCCGUGACAUUGCAGUGGCUAUCUGAGAACUAUGAGAGAGCGGAGGGCGUGUGCCUGCCCCGCUGCGUGCUAUACCAGCACUAUCUUGACCUCUGUAAGAAGAUGAAGUUUACACCGGCAGGGGCUGCCACCUUUGGCAAGAUCAUACGUCAGCGGUUUCCGAAACUCACCACCCGGCGACUCGGUACACGAGGACAGUCCAAGUACCAUUACUACGGUAUCGGAAUCAAAGAGUCCUCGAUCUACUACCACUCCGUGUAUUCUGGCAAGGGCCUCACAAGAUUUUCGGGCAUCAAAUUGAAAACCGAGGGUUCCAGCCGAAAGUACUCACUGAGUUCUAAGACUGGUACGCUGCUUCCAGAGUUUCCAAAUGCAGACAACCUGCUGUUACCGCCGGGAACCGAACUGGACAAGAUGCGGACGUUUAUAAUGAUGUACCGGACCCACUGUCAGAGAAUGCUGGACACGGUUAUCAGCGCCAACUUCGAGGAGGUUCAGAACUUUCUCGUCCAUUUCUGGCAGGGCAUGCCCGAGCAUAUGCUCGAUCUGCUGACCUGUGAUAUCUUGCCGGAUAUUGUCGCCGUAUGUGACUCUGUUCUCUACAAGGUUCUGUUGGACGUUCUCAUACCGUCUUCUAUCCAAGAUAUGCCAAGCACACUAUUUGCAGAGAUGCGUCUGUUUGCCAAGCACCUUCCCUUCUGGAUCGAGAGUGCCAUGGAGACAGUGUCCAAGCCGAUCCUAGAGAAAAAGCAGGAAGUCGCCAAGGUGUUCAUACAAAGCUUACGAAGGCAGUCAUCGUUCGUCAGUUUGGCACAGACGGCCCGAACGGUGAUUUCGAACCAGGAGCUGUUGACGCAAAUGGUGGCAGAUAUUUCCAGCGCUGACUUUGUUGACAUCUGUAGUCAGGCGGGGUUCAUGGACCCGUCUGCAAACCCAAAAUUCUGCAUGAAAAUGCAAAACUUCUAUAGCGAGUUUAAAGAGCUCCUGGGGAAGCAGUCGCCUAUAGAGGGCUACACAGAAUGGAUUGAUGAUAUAGUUGAGAAGCAUGUAUUAAAGGUGUGUGGCGAGGACCACGAGUUGUUCCGCGAGAAGGCUUCCGAGUUCCUGCUGCACUGGGGCGCCUUCAGCGGCCUCCUCAUGCGCGAACUCACCCUUCAGAACGCAUCAUCGUUUGUGUCGAUUCACAUCGUGCACCUAAUGCUUGACGAGUACACGUUCCUCGUUGUGGAAACCCAGCAGGAUAUUGAGUGCGACUCCCGUCUACAAAGGGCGUUGCAGAAGCACAUGAAAAACGCCGAAGAGAUACACAUAAAGCCAGCUGUACGCAAACACGUGAAUAAAAGUAUCAACUCGCCGAAAGCUAAGAAACGAAGACACACUGAGGAGUUCGAAGAUUCCGCGAUGCUGGCAGAUGAUAAUCGGAUAACCUCGAGCAGCAACGUUGAGCCAUUAACAUCCGACCACAUGCCUUCUAACACGGCAUUUAUCCGCCCACUUCCGACCACCACCAACAGCAAGACCAUGUCCGACCACGAUUCGUCCAGAUCCGAUCUAAUUGUGCAUGCGCAACAAAAUAUCCGCCCUCACAAUGGCGCCAUUUCCGUACCUCCGAUGAAACCUUAUCAACCGUAUAAUAACACAUUUGACAGGCCGACCUAUCUUCCGCAGUUCGGCAUCAGUUCCUAUCCGGAUUAUAUGAGUCAUAAUCCCUCUUUCGGGUCUAGCAGAAUACCAAACUACUCCGAGGCAUAUUCCCAAACAUUUUCGUCCAAUCCUUUCACGUCUAACAUAACCUCCAACUUGCCGUCUGUUGGCGGCAACUAUUGGUCAGACGCGCGCUCCACCCACUCCUUUUCUGACCCGUACCAGCACUACAACUACAACAAGUUGAACGCCACCUAUGACAGUCUUAACAAGACCGCGUUGCUAAGGAACAAUGCGUACCAGGACAGCAUCAGCAGGCAGGCGUUCGACUCGUCAAUAUCGUCCUAUUACAGAAGCCCUCAUGACAACCUCCAAGUGGGAACCCCUCUCCAGGUAGGAACGUAUGGCACAAACUUCAUGGACAUCGCGCCCCCUGCAGGCCAAUAUUGUUACCAAGAUGACCUGUUUGCUGGGUCAUUCGCAAAACCUUUUCUAACAGGUCCAUUUAGAUGAGGCAGAUAAUGCCCCCAUAAUGUAUGGAGAAAAUAAAAGCAGGGACUUUUCUUGGCGAUUGCAUCACAUGUGUUUAAGGUGAUAUACUCUUUUCUGUUUGGUCAUCGGAAACGGAAAAAACAACAAAUACAAUGUAUCGUACAAUGGGGACAAACAACUCAUGCGCAAAAAGACUCUCAAACAUCGUCGCAUAUGCUGAAAUCUUAUAAAAAUUGCAAUAUCCGUCGGCAGCUCAUCUAAAUACAUGCAUAGAUCUGUUCCGUCAUGCUUUUAUUAUGAUAUGUGUUUAAAUGAAAAUCUAAAUUAUUCAACAUACGUAUUGUAACUUUGUAUCUUUUACUGUAUAUUACAUGUACCAAUAAAUGUAUGUACCGAUGCAA